AUGUCCGACUCUCAAUUGUUUGAAUUCGAGUCGUCGGAGCCUAUUAUCGACAAAAGGAAAUCAUGUAAGUACAAAACCAAUUUAGGCCGAAAUUUUUGAUUAGUCUUAUCUAAUCAGAACAUACCGUUUUGUUAUUGAAAACGUAUUAGUAUUUUCCUACAAUGCACUGACCUUUACUCUCUUUCUCAUAGUGCAUUUUGAAGUUUUUCCCACGCUUGUCGCCAGCGCACAGUGCAACCCACAAAAAAGUCGUUUGCACUGUGCGGACUGCAACAAAAUUAAGGAAACACUAAAAGAAACACACAAGUAAUAGCAAGUUAUUUCAGACGCCGAAUACGCCCAUAACAUCAACUGUGCGCAAAUCGUGAUCGACUCAAAAAUUCGAAGGUUGCAAAAUCUACAGAAUCAAGUAGGCUUUUGACUUCAAAUUUUCAGCCGUUUUUCAGUCGACAAUCUCGAAUAUGUCGUAGAAAUGGGAAAUUUGUGGUUAAACACAGUAAAAUUUUACGGGAAACAGACGUUCACAUAGCUGGAUGACAUUUGAGAAAACUUUUUUCUCCCAGGAUGAAUAAAUUUUCCGGUCUAUAAAGUUCGAAAAAGGGAUCAAAACGACUCUAAUUUAGUAUCAAAAAGUAUCGAAGAGACCUCAAAGGACUGUUGGUUUUGAAGAGAAAACAUUUACCAAAUUCCUCUUCAAACCCAGCAGUCUUUUUGUUUCUUUGCAAUACUUUUGGAUACUAAAUUAGAGUCGUCUUGAUCCCUUUUUCGACCUUUAUAGAUCGGAAAAUUUCUUCAGCUUGGGAGAAAAAAUGCUUCUCAAAUGUCAUCCAACUCUGUGCCCUCAGUUUCCCGUAACAUUUUACUGUAUUUAACCACAAAUUUCCCAUUUCUACGACAUAUUCGAGAUUGUCGACUGAAAAACGGCUGCAAUACUUUAAAAAAUCUCAUCCAGCUCUGUGCCCUCCGUUUCCCGUAAACUUUUACUGUGUUUAACCACAAAUCUCCCAACUUUCAGCUCUCCACAAUCCAGUCCAACUACUCCUCCAAAGACUAUCAGUCCCGCUCGACGAUAGCGGGCUAUCAUAUGCGCGUGGAGGCGCAAUUACGGAAAGCCCUGUCCUUGAAGAACGCGUUAGGCUCUUUGGAUGUGCACACAAUUUCCAUGGAGGAAUAUGUGAGGAUAUUAAAACAAGUCCUUGAUUUUUAA